AGGAUAAAAAAAAAAUCAGAUUAUUAAAACCUUUUUUGAACGAAAUUCAGAUUAGCCAAACAGUCCCUCCAAAUUUACUUGUAAUUUUUCUCUCUCUACAGAGGGAGGGGGGGUUUUGGCAAAAACCGGGUAGGGUUUAAAGAGCGAGCGAAGACAUGAUCAGUGCCAUACCCGUUCCCAAGCCGACCGAGUCGACUCACCACCGACUCUUCGAGUUCGCUAAAACUGCUCUCAUCAAGAUUUUCGUCUCGCCUUACGCCACUGUGUGUGAUUUGUAUUGCGGUGGUGUACCUGAUGAAGAGAAAUGGGACGAAGCUCAAAUCGGCCACUACAUCGCCAUUGAUGUUGCGCAAUCUGGAAUUAGUCAAGUUCAGGAAGCAUGGGAAAGUCAACGGAAGGCUUACACUUCUGAGUUCUUUGAACUUGAUCCCUGCAUUGAGGAUAUGGAAUCGCGCUUGCAGGACAAGGGCAAUAUGGCUGACAUUGUUUGCUGCAUGCAACAUUUGCAGUUGUGUUUUGAAACUGAGGAGAAAGCAAGGAGACUUUUACAUAAUGUGUCAUUAUUGCUAAAACCAGGGGGCUAUUUCUUUGGUAUUUGUCCUGACUCAUCUACUAUAUGGGCAAAGUACCAGAAAAAUGUGGAAGCAUACCACAACAAGAGCAGUAGCAUGAAGCCCAACCUCGUCCCAAAUUGCAUUAGAUCAGAAAGCUAUAUGAUCACUUUUGAAGUCGAGGAAGAGAAGUUCCCGUUUUUUGGAAAGAAAUACCAGUUGAAAUUUGCUAGUGACAUUUCUGCUGAAACCCAUUGCUUGGUUCACUUCCCUAGUUUGAUCAGGUUGGCGAGGGAGGCUGGUCUUGAGUAUGUGGAGAUACAAAACUUAACUGAGUUUUAUGAUGACAACAGAGCACAGUUUGCAGGCAUGCUACUUGAUGCUGGUCCCAGUCUUGUGGAUCCCAGAGGAAGACUUCUUCCUAGAUCAUAUGAUGUGUUAGGUCUUUAUACCACAUUUGUGUUUCAAAAGCCGGAUCCAGAUAUUGCUCCCCCUCUCAUGACUCCUUUACUGCAAGAUGGGAGUCAUAAUCAUGAUGAGAGAGAGUGGCAAGGUAGUGUUUGGAGAGAUGAUGAGAAGAAUGGACAAACAGAGCCGCCAUCACUUGCACUGAGCAAGAUAACUGAGCAGAAAGGGAUUUUAGGUCCAGGACCAGCAGAUUUACGUUUUUCAGAGGCUCUCUGACCUGGUUGUGGCUUGAAGCUAAUGGGAUAAAAGCGGAGGGAGAAUCUGAUUUUGAUGAUGGUGACUAGUCCAGUCCAUGGUUGGUGGUUGACGCUAUUUCAGAUUUUUUGGGGGUCAGAAUUUGACUCCGAUGGUUGUGAUUCUCGUCUGCUCCUUAUGGUUACUGCAUGAUGCACAAAUCGUGGUCGCGAACUCCUUGAUUCAAAUUUAGCUUAGUCAUACAUAGUGCCGUAAAAUAAACUGUUUAUUUAUUGUAAAUUAAAAUUUUGUUUGAGAUUAAUUCAGUUAUAGAAACAAUUUAUCUUAAUUUGAAAAUGUAUCCACGGUUAGUUUUAUGAGUUUUGGCUGAACUUGAUUUCAUA